CAGUUGUAGCUUUGUGAGUCUCGGCUGGUGUUAUACAGUCAGCUUCGCCUGCGGGUCCUGCGGUGAGUGCUCCGCCGCUCCGCUGUGCUUCUGCGGGGAUAGACGGAGGGUAGAGCUAUUUGCCGUGACGGUGGCGGGGCGGGAGAGCAACAUGCAGAUCUUCGUGAAGACCCUCACUGGCAAGACCAUCACCCUGGAGGUGGAGCCCAGCGACACCAUUGAGAAUGUGAAAGCCAAGAUCCAGGACAAGGAAGGCAUCCCCCCUGACCAGCAGAGGUUGAUCUUCGCUGGCAAGCAGCUGGAAGAUGGGCGCACCCUCUCUGACUACAACAUCCAGAAGGAAUCCACUCUGCACUUGGUGCUGCGCCUCAGGGGUGGUAUGCAGAUCUUCGUGAAGACCCUCACUGGCAAGACCAUCACCCUGGAAGUUGAGCCCAGUGAUACCAUUGAAAACGUCAAGGCCAAGAUCCAGGAUAAGGAAGGCAUCCCCCCUGACCAGCAGAGGCUGAUCUUUGCUGGCAAGCAGCUGGAAGAUGGGCGCACCCUCUCCGACUACAACAUCCAGAAGGAAUCCACCCUCCAUCUUGUGCUGCGCCUGAGAGGUGGCAUGCAGAUCUUUGUGAAGACCCUCACUGGCAAGACCAUCACCCUGGAGGUGGAGCCCAGUGAUACCAUUGAGAAUGUGAAAGCCAAGAUCCAGGACAAGGAAGGCAUCCCCCCUGACCAGCAGAGGUUGAUCUUCGCUGGCAAGCAGCUGGAAGAUGGGCGCACCCUCUCUGACUACAACAUCCAGAAGGAGUCCACUCUGCACUUGGUGCUGCGCCUCAGGGGUGGUAUGCAGAUCUUCGUGAAGACCCUCACUGGCAAGACUAUCACCCUUGAAGUUGAACCCAGUGAUACCAUCGAAAAUGUCAAGGCCAAGAUCCAGGAUAAGGAAGGCAUCCCCCCUGACCAACAGAGGUUGAUCUUUGCUGGCAAGCAGCUGGAAGAUGGGCGCACCCUCUCUGACUACAACAUCCAGAAGGAAUCUACCCUCCAUCUCGUGCUGCGCCUGAGAGGUGGCAACUGAACCUCCUGAUUGUUCCUUGCUUUUAAGUAAAAGCUUCGCUGCACUUGCUCAUUCCAAUAAAGCUGUUGCAUCCACAAAA